AUGAUGAAAAAUUAUCAAUUAUCCAAACGAGGAGAAAUCGAACCUUAUUUUGAUGGUUUACAAUCCCUUAAACGAUACGCAAAAUUUUGGGACGGAGUUGAAUAUGAUCCCGAACUUAUAAAAUUUGAUAGCACUCAAACUUUAAGGACCGGUGCUUCGAUUAUGGCUUUUUCCGAAGGAUUAUUCAAUGGCAAGGGCCCUUUAGACACUUGUAAAAGUCAACCUAUAUAUUAUCUGACUUCACCAAAUUCUGAGUUUAUCUGUCCACGUUGGAACGAGACCGUUUUGAAUAAUAAUAAAUUACUAGGUGAGCAAAUAUACGCUUAUGGUAACAAGACUCUAGCACCAAUUGCCAAGCGACUUUCCGAAGAAUACGGCAUUAGCCCACCACUUAAUCCACGUCUAGUACCACAAAUUUUCAAUUAUUGCCAAUUUUGGCUCGCGGUUUAUAAUCGAACCGAUGACUGGUAUGUCCCAAUGAACUAUUAUUAUCAUGAUAUUAUUACGAUAUGGUCUCUUAUCAUCAAUAUUCAUAUGGUCAUCCUCUUAAUGAACGAAAAGGGAGUAUUAAAAGACAAAAUCCCACUCACAGCAGAUUUAACCUUUAAACAAAGUAUAGAUGUCAAAUUCACAGAAGAUAGACUUAUACAUUGGUCUUCUACGCUUUAUUUUAAGUGUUCCGAUGAUAGCGUGCUGAUACGAGUGUUACUAGAUUUUAAGCCUUUUUGGAUUCCGGGUUGUGAGAGUGAAUAUUGCGAGUGGAAAAAUUUAAAGAAAUUCUUGGGGAUAAGAUUGGGUGCGAUUUUGAAAGGAUGUGCGAGUAUCCUUAAAG